AUGGCGGCCCUGGUGUUGGAGGACGGGUCGGUCCUGCGGGGCCAGCCCUUUGGGGCCGCGGUUUCGACUGCCGGGGAAGUGGUGUUUCAAACCGGCAUGGUGGGCUACCCGGAGGCCCUCACUGACCCAUCCUACAAAGCUCAGAUCCUAGUCCUGACUUACCCUCUGAUCGGCAACUACGGCAUCCCCUUAGAUGAAGCGGAUGAGUUCGGCCUCAGCAAGUGGUUUGAAUCCUCGGGGAUCCAUGUGGCAGGACUGGUGGUGGGAGAGUGCUGCCCCACGCCCAGCCACUGGAGUGCCACCCGCACCCUGCAUGAGUGGCUGCAGGAGCAUGGCAUACCCGGCCUGCAAGGCGUGGACACGCGGGAGCUGACCAAGAAAUUACGGGAGCAAGGGUCGCUGCUGGGGAAGCUGGUCCAGAAUGGGACAGAGCCUUCAACCUUGCCAUUCGUGGACCCCAAUUCCCGUCCCCUGGUGCCAGAAGUCUCCAUUAAGGCUCCACGAGUAUUCAAUGCAGGGGGUACCCCUCGGAUUCUGGCUUUGGACUGUGGCCUCAAGUACAAUCAGAUCCGGUGCCUCUGCCAGCGUGGGGCAGAGGUCACUGUGGUGCCCUGGGACCACAUGCUGGACAGCCAGAAGUAUGAGGGUCUCUUCCUAAGUAAUGGCCCUGGUGACCCCGCCUCCUGUCCCAAUGUGGUAUCCACACUGAGCCGUGUCUUAGCUGAGCCUAAUCCCCGACCUGUCUUCGGGAUCUGCCUGGGACACCAGCUGUUGGCCUUAGCCAUUGGGGCCAAGACUUACAAGAUGAGAUACGGGAACCGAGGCCAUAACCAGCCAUGCCUGCUGGUGGGCUCUGGGCGCUGCUUUCUGACAUCCCAGAACCAUGGGUUUGCCGUGGAAGCAGACUCGCUGCCAGCAGGCUGGUCUCCUCUCUUCACCAACGCCAACGACCAAUCUAAUGAAGGCAUUGUGCAUGACAGCCUGCCCUUCUUCAGUGUGCAGUUUCACCCAGAACACCGGGCCGGCCCUUCGGAUAUGGAGCUGCUUUUUGACGUCUUCCUGGAAACUGUGAAGCAGGCUGCAGCUGGGAAGCCAGGGGGCCAAACAGUCCGAGAGCGGCUGACCGAGUGCCUCUGUUCCCCUGGGCUUCCCACCACCGGCCCUGGGCUUCCGCCGCUCAGAAAGGUGCUCAUCCUUGGCUCAGGGGGUCUCUCCAUUGGCCAAGCUGGAGAGUUUGACUAUUCGGGCUCUCAGGCGAUCAAAGCCCUGAAGGAGGAGAACAUCCAGACCCUGCUGAUCAACCCCAACAUCGCCACUGUGCAGACCUCUCAGGGGCUGGCUGACAAGGUCUACUUCCUUCCCAUCACACCUCACUACGUAACCCAGGUGAUCCGUAACGAACGCCCAGAUGGCGUGCUACUGACGUUCGGGGGCCAGACAGCGCUGAACUGCGGCGUGGAGCUGACCAAGGGCAAGGACAACGUGCUCGCUCGCUACGGAGUCCGCGUGCUGGGCACGCCCGUGGAGACGAUUGAGCUAACUGAGGACCGGCGUGCCUUCGCCGCCAGGAUGGCAGAGAUCGGGGAACACGUGGCCCCCAGCGAAGCUGCAGAUUCUCUGGAACAGGCCCAGGCCGCGGCCGAGCGACUAGGAUACCCUGUGCUGGUGCGUGCAGCCUUUGCCCUCGGGGGCCUGGGCUCCGGCUUUGCCUCCAACAAGGAGGAGCUCUCUGCUCUCGUGGCCCCAGCCUUCGCUCACACCAGCCAGGUGCUGGUGGACAAGUCCUUGAAGGGAUGGAAAGAGAUUGAGUACGAGGUGGUGAGGGACGCCUACGGCAACUGUGUCACGGUGUGUAACAUGGAGAACCUGGACCCACUCGGCAUACACACGGGGGAGUCCAUCGUGGUGGCUCCGAGCCAGACGCUGAACGACCGGGAGUACCAGCUCCUGCGGCAGACGGCCAUCAAGGUGACCCAGCACCUGGGAAUCAUUGGCGAGUGCAACGUGCAAUAUGCCCUGAACCCUGAGUCUGAACAGUAUUACAUCAUCGAAGUGAAUGCUCGGCUCUCCCGCAGUUCCGCCCUGGCCAGCAAAGCUACUGGCUAUCCUCUCGCUUACGUGGCGGCCAAGCUGGCUUUGGGCAUCCCUCUGCCCGAACUCAGGAACUCCGUGACCGGAGGGACGGCAGCCUUUGAGCCAAGCCUGGAUUACUGUGUGGUGAAGAUCCCCCGCUGGGACCUCAGCAAGUUCCUGCGGGUCAGCACCAAGAUCGGGAGCUGCAUGAAGAGUGUGGGUGAAGUCAUGGGCAUUGGGCGAUCGUUUGAGGAAGCCUUCCAGAAGGCCCUGCGCAUGGUGGAUGAGAACUGUGUGGGCUUUGAUCACACGGUAAAGCCUGUCAGCGACAUGGAAUUGGAGACCCCGACCGAUAAGCGCAUCUUUGUGGUGGCGGCUGCUCUGUGGGCUGGCUACUCGGUGGAGCGCCUGUAUGAGCUCACGCGCAUCGACCGCUGGUUCUUGCACCGGAUGAAGCACAUCAUAGCCCACACGCAGCUGCUGGAGCAGCACCGUGGGCAGCCUUUGCCCCCAGACCUGCUGCAGCAGGCCAAGCGCCUUGGCUUCUCAGACAAGCAGAUUGCCCUCGCAGUUCUGAGCACAGAGCUGGCUGUCCGCAAGCUCCGGCAGGAGCUGGGCAUCUGCCCAGCGGUGAAGCAGAUUGACACGGUGGCGGCCGAGUGGCCAGCCCAGACCAAUUACCUGUACCUGACCUACUGGGGCACCGCCCACGAUCUCACCUUUCGCACACCUCAUGUCCUGGUCCUCGGCUCUGGGGUCUACCGCAUCGGCUCCAGCGUGGAGUUUGACUGGUGUGCCGUGGGCUCCAUCCAGCAGCUCCGGAAGAUGGGGUACAAGACCAUCAUGAUGAAUUACAACCCAGAGACGGUCAGCACUGACUAUGACAUGUGUGACCGGCUCUACUUCGAUGAGAUCUCCUUCGAGGUGGUGAUGGACGUGUACGAGCUGGAGAACCCCGAGGGCGUGAUCCUCUCCAUGGGAGGGCAGCUGCCCAACAACAUGGCCAUGGCGCUGCACCGGCAGCAGUGCCGUGUUCUGGGCACCUCCCCCGAGGCCAUCGACUCAGCCGAGAACCGGUUCAAGUUCUCCCGGCUCCUCGACACCAUCGGCAUCAGCCAGCCGCAGUGGAGGGAGCUCAGUGACCUGGAGUCUGCUCGCCAGUUCUGCCAGACUGUGGGGUACCCUUGUGUGGUGCGCCCCUCCUACGUACUGAGUGGGGCGGCCAUGAACGUGGCCUACACGGACGGCGACCUCGAGCGUUUCCUGAGCAGUGCGGCCGCCGUCUCCAAGGAGCACCCCGUGGUCAUCUCCAAGUUCAUCCAGGAAGCCAAGGAGAUCGACGUGGAUGCUGUGGCCUGUGACGGUGUUGUGGUGGCCAUCGCCAUCUCGGAGCACGUGGAAAACGCAGGCGUGCACUCAGGCGAUGCCACACUGGUGACCCCCCCACAGGACAUCACUGCCAAAACCCUGGAGCGGAUCAAGGCCAUUGUGCAUGCCGUGGGGCAGGAGCUGCAGGUCACUGGCCCCUUCAACCUGCAGCUCAUCGCCAAGGAUGACCAGCUGAAAGUUAUCGAAUGCAACGUGCGUGUCUCCCGCUCCUUCCCCUUCGUCUCCAAGACCCUGGGUGUGGACCUGGUAGCCUUGGCCACACAGCUCAUCAUGGGGGAAGAGGUGGAGCCCGUGGGGCUCAUGACUGGCACUGGCGUCGUGGGAGUCAAGGUGCCCCAGUUCUCGUUCUCCCGCUUGGCGGGCGCUGAUGUGGUGUUAGGCGUGGAAAUGACCAGCACCGGGGAGGUGGCCUGCUUUGGGGAGAGCCGCUGUGAGGCCUACCUCAAGGCCAUGCUGAGCACCGGCUUUAAGAUCCCCAAGAAGAACAUCCUCCUGACCAUUGGCAGCUAUAAGAACAAAAGCGAGCUGCUCCCCACGGUGCGGCUGCUGGAGAGCCUGGGAUACAGCCUCUACGCCAGUCUGGGCACCGCUGACUUCUACACGGAGCACGGCGUCAAGGUCACGGCCGUGGACUGGCACUUUGAGGAGGCGGUGGAUGGGGAGUGCCCACCGCAGCGAAGCAUCUUGGAGCAGCUGGCUGAGAACCACUUUGAGCUGGUGAUAAACCUGUCGAUGCGCGGGGCUGGAGGCCGGAGGCUCUCUUCCUUCGUCACCAAGGGCUACCGCACCCGGCGCCUGGCUGCAGACUUCUCUGUGCCCCUCAUCAUCGACAUCAAAUGCACGAAGCUGUUUGUGGAGGCCCUCGGCCAGAUUGGACCAGCCCCUCCUCUGAAGGUACACGUGGACUGCAUGACCUCCCGGAAGCUUGUGCGACUGCCUGGCCUGGUGGAUGUCCACGUGCACCUUCGGGAGCCAGGGGGUACACACAAGGAGGACUUCGCCUCAGGCACCGCUGCUGCCCUGGCCGGGGGUGUCACCAUGGUGUGUGCCAUGCCCAACACCAGGCCCCCCAUCACAGACGCUCCCGCGCUGGCCCUGGCCCAGAAGCUGGCAGAAGCUGGUGCCCGCUGUGACUUCGCCCUAUUCCUCGGGGCCUCGGCUGAGAACGCAGGGACCCUAGGCGCCGUGGCAGGCGCAGCUGCCGGGCUGAAGCUCUAUCUCAAUGAGACCUUCUCCGAGCUGCGGCUGGACAGUGUGGCCCAGUGGAUGGAGCACUUCGAGACGUGGCCGCCCCACCUCCCCAUUGUGGCCCACGCCGAGCGGCAGAGCGUGGCAGCCGUCCUCAUGGUGGCGCAGCUGACCCAGCGCUCCGUGCACAUCUGUCACGUGGCACGCAAGGAGGAGAUCCUGCUGAUUAAAGCUGCAAAGGCCCGCGGGCUGCCAGUGACCUGUGAGGUGGCCCCUCACCACCUGUUCCUGAGCCGAGAGGACCUGGAGCGCCUGGGGCCCGGGAAGGGGGCAGUCCGGCCUGAGCUGGGCUCUCGUCAGGACCUGGAGGCCCUGUGGGAGAACAUGGCCGUCAUCGACUGCUUCGCCUCGGAUCAUGCCCCUCAUACCUUGGAGGAGAAGUGUGGGCCCAGCGCACCCCCUGGCUUCCCGGGCCUGGAAACCAUGCUGCCCCUGCUGCUGACGGCGGUCAGCGAGGGCCGGCUCAGCCUGGAUGACCUGCUGCAGCGGCUGCACCACAACCCCCGGCGCAUCUUCCACCUGCCGCCGCAGGAAGACACCUACGUGGAGGUGGAUCUGGAGCACGAGUGGACAGUCCCCAGCCACAUGCCCUUCUCCAAGGCCCGCUGGACACCCUUUGAAGGGCAGAAGGUGAAGGGCACCGUGCGCCGUGUGGUCCUGAGAGGGGAGGUCGCCUAUAUCGACGGGCAGGUUCUGGUGCCCCCCGGCUACGGGCAGGAUGUCCGGAAAUGGCCUCAGGGGGCUGUUCCCCAGCUGCCCCCCUCCACUCCUGUUGCCAGUGACAUGACCACGACACCCGAACGGCCCCGCCGGGCCCUCCCCGGGCUCCCUGAUGGCCGCCUCCACCUGCCACCCCGCAUCCACCGGGCCUCUGACCCUGGUCUGCCAGCUGUAUCUCUCCGCCUGGGAGCUGGGACCCCACGGGGCAGCAGAGCAUGGGCAGCUGAGGAACCCAAAGAGAAGCCUGCUCGGAAGGCCGUGGAAGCAGAGCUGAUGGGAACCCCUGACGGCACCUGCUACCCCCCACCACCAAUACCUAGACAGGCGUCACCCCAGAAUCUCGGGCCCCCUGGCCUGCUGCACCCCCAGACUUCACCCCUGCUACACUCAUUAGUGGGCCAACAUAUCCUGUCUGUCCAGCAAUUCACCAAGGAUCAGAUGUCUCACCUCUUCAACCUGGCGCACACGCUGCGGAUGAUGCUACAGAAGGAGCGGAGCCUCGACAUCCUCAAGGGCAAGGUGAUGGCCUCCAUGUUCUACGAGGUGAGCACACGGACCAGCAGUUCCUUCUCUGCGGCCAUGGCGAGGCUUGGGGGCGCCGUGCUCAGCUUCUCUGAGGCCACAUCGUCUGUCCAGAAGGGCGAGUCCCUGGCUGAUUCCGUCCAGACCAUGAGCUGCUACGCUGACGUGGUCGUGCUCCGGCACCCGCAGCCCGGCGCCGUGGAGCUGGCGGCCAAGCACUGCCGGAGGCCGGUGAUCAACGCUGGCGACGGGGUUGGAGAGCAUCCCACCCAGGCCCUGCUGGACAUCUUCACCAUCCGAGAGGAGCUGGGGACUGUCAACGGCAUGACGGUCACCAUGGUGGGUGACCUGAAGCAUGGGCGCACCGUGCACUCCCUGGCCUGCCUGCUCACCCAGUACCGGGUCAGCCUGCGCUAUGUGGCGCCACCCAGUCUGCGCAUGCCACCCAAUGUGCGGGCCUUUGUGGCCUCCCGUGGCACCAAGCAGGAAGAAUUUGAGAGCAUCGAGGAGGCACUGCCCGACACGGAUGUGCUCUACAUGACUCGAAUCCAGAGGGAGCGCUUUGGCUCGGCCCAGGAGUACGAAGCUUGCUUUGGCCAGUUCAUCCUCACCCCCCACAUCAUGACCCGGGCUAAGGAGAAGAUGGUGGUCAUGCACCCCAUGCCCCGUGUCAACGAGAUCAGUGUGGAAGUGGACUCAGACCCCCGAGCAGCCUACUUCCGCCAGGCUGAGAACGGCAUGUACAUACGCAUGGCCCUCUUAGCCACCGUGCUGGGCCGUUUCUAGGGCCCGCCUUCCUCCACCUCUGUUCCUCAGGCCCAGCUGCUGGGCAAGGAAUCCUGGUGCCCCCCACGGGGGCAGCACAGUCGAGGCUCCGGUCAGCUCUGGACACACAUGCAGACCCAGAGCAGGCUUGAGGUGCUGCACUGGAUCUCGAGAGCUGGGGUCAGGCCUCAGUGGGGCCUGGGCCCGGUCUGCCCCGUCCCCCUGCUGCAGUCCCUUUUCUCCUGACCUAAUAAACAGCCGAGCUGCCUCUA